UGCACAUGUUAGUUCUAGGUUCUAUGACGUAAUACCGUAUCAUAACCUAUAUUUCGAUUGUUUUUGUAACUAGUGCUCUUCAAAGCAAUAACAUAGACUAAUAUUUUCAAAUAAUGACUGUCAAAAAUGAAAAAAAUGAAAAACAAUCAGAUUCUGAGAAACGUAGUAAUAUUGAAGAAAUAGAAUAUUCUGAUCUUUAUCCGGGCAGAAAAAAUCAAAGUGGCGAAAACCAAUCCCGUACUUGGUUUGAUGUAAUUACUUUUAAUGAAAAAAGGAAAAAUUACGAGAAGAUAAACUGUGAAAUUAAUGUUUAUAACUGUGUAAAAAAGAGUCCUUUAGUGAAACUAAUGUUAGCAGCAUUAAAAAGUUCAGGAUGUGAAGUUGAUCUUGGUCGUCAUAUUUCAUGUGAAGUAUGUGAUAAUACAGUUACUGGUGGUUAUGAUCCUGACACAAAUCAGAUUAUAAUUUGCCAAAACACUGCUAAGAGCAGAAAUCGAGUUCAAAGUACUUUAAGUCAUGAGAUGAUACAUAUGUUUGAUUAUUGCCGUAACAAACUUGAUCUGAACAAUAUAGAUCAUUUAGCUUGUACGGAAAUAAGAGCAGCUAAUCAAUGUCAUUGUAGUUUUCUUGGUGCAUGGUAUCGAGGAACUGCUUCACCUUUUCAUAUUAAAAAGGCACAUCAGGACUGUGUUAUGGACAAGGCUGUUAGGUCACUAAUUGCUAUAAGAAAUAUAUCAAAGGAGGAAGCAAUGGACGCUGUGAUGCGAGUUUUUACCAAGUGUUAUAAUGAUUUAGAACCCAUUGGAAGACGACUUCGACGAAAUUCAAUGGAUAUGGAGAAAGCAUACUAUGAGGGGCCAUAUUAUGGAUAUUCAGAAUAAAAUAUAUUUUUUAUAAAAGUGCUCUCAAGUUAUGUACCUCAAAAUAGUACUUACUAAGAAAUAA